AUGAGACGCCAUUCCCCACUUCUACUCUUCAGCCUUCGUGUGUUGGCACAGGACCCCGGUCUGCCCAACGGCGUGGCAGACCACCAGUCCGCGCAGCUGCCCGCCGAAGCCGACGUGGUCAUCAUCGGCUCCGGCAUCUCGGGCACCAGCAUCGCAUGGCACCUCCUCAAGGGGACCACCAGCAGCAGCAAAACCCCGCCGCUCAGGAUAGCCAUGCUCGAGGCCCGCCAGGCGUGCUCCGGCGCCACGGGCCGGAACGGCGGCCACAUCAGGCCGUCGUCGUACGCCGAGUACGCCGAGUACGCCGGGGCCAAGCAGAUCGUGGCGCGCGAGGAGGCGGCCCGGAUCACCCGGCUGCGGUCCGCCCAUGUCGAGGCCCUGAUCUCGGCCGCGGACUCGCUGCCCGAGCAGGGGCGGCUGGCUGCCGAGGCGCGCGUUGUGGACAGCAUCGAUGCCUUCUUCGAUGAUGCGCGGUGGGAGACUGCUGUGCGGCAGAUGGAGGUCCUCAAGAAGGAGAUGCCAGAUAUUGGUAGCGAGUGGUCUGUCUUUGAGAAGGACGAGGCUCGAAAUAUCUCCCUCAUGCCCGAGGUCACCGGCAUAAUGACCGGAACCGCAAAGAUGGCGGCGGCGAUCUGGCCCUACCGCUUCGUGACACACUCCCUCAAGUCGCUGCUAGACACGCACCCCAGCUUCUCCCUCGACACCAACACCGCCGCGCUGGAGGUGAUAGCAAUAACAAGCACAAGCGACGCCGCCUCGCCCCCCUCGCCCAACUACGAGGUCCUCACGGCCCGCGGCACGAUCCAGGCCAAGCACGUGGUACACGCCUCCAACGCGUGGACGCCGCACCUCGUCCCGGGGCUGCGGGGCGCCAUCCGCGGCGCCCGCCUGCACAUGAGCGCGCAUCUGGGCGGCGGCGGUCUCCCCAGGGCGGGGGCGUGGCCCUCGUACUCAUCGGGCGACGGGAGCCUGCCCGGCGGCCGCGCGUGGUCGCUGUACCGCAACGGGCUGGACUAUGCCGUGCAGAUGCCGCGGGACGGCGAGUACAUGUUUGGCGGGGACAUGGUCGGCGUCGGCGGCGGUGUUGGCGAGGGGAGAAACACCAAGGGGGCGGCGACGGCGACGGCACCGGUGAUGAGCGACGCGGGCCCGCCCAGCCACAUCACGGCGUCGUACCUCAACGGGGCGCUGCCGAGCUACUUUGGCUACGAGAACUGGGGCGCCGAGAGGACGGACUUCCCGCGGCAGGACGGCGGCGGCGCGGCGGGGGCUGCUGGUGUUUACCCCGGCCGCUCGAAGCGCGUCUGGGUGGGCAUCGAGGGGAGCGCGCGCGACGGGCGGCCGUUUGUCGGGCGGCUGCCUCGGUCUGCCACGGCGCGGCCGGUCGGGGAUGUCUGGGCUGGGGGUGGCGGCGAGUGGGUGUCGGCGGCCUUUGACGGCGAGGGCAUGUGCUUUGCGUGGCUCUGCGGGCGGGCGCUCAGCGGGAUGAUGAUGGCCGCCAGUGGGGCUCCGGAGGGACGGGAGCAGGAGGCCUUGGGCGUGCCUGAGUGGUUCCCUCGGUCGUUCUUGGUGACUGAGGAGAGGCUUGCGAACCACUCCGUCACUCCUGGCAGGGCGCACCGCUGGAUGUAUCCUCGCAUGGCGAAUGCUUUGUCUUGGGACGGAGAGGAACCAUUCCUUUCUUUCAUCAAAACGGCAGUUCUAUGGGCCUGCUUGUAG